AUGCCUGUGCCGGGUGGUAUGUACCAGAAUCAAGGCCCUACUUGCUUUGACAAAAUGAAAAUGGGAUUCAUGAUAGGUUUUUGCGUUGGAAUGGCAAGUGGAGGCCUCUUCGGCGGAUUCACUGCGUUGAGAUACGGUGCAAGAGGGCGCGAACUUGUCCAUUCGGUUGGAAAAGUGAUGCUUCAAGGAGGAGGAACAUUUGGUACAUUUAUGGCCAUUGGAACUGGCAUCCGAUGCUAA